AUGGAUGAAGUUCAUACUACCAAAGUGGUGCUACUUGGCCGAACAGGCUCGGGCAAAACUUCCUUAAUCGUUCGCUACAUAUCAUCUGUUUUCUCAGAAAAUGUUAAACCAACCAUUGGAGCAGCUUUCUCAAAAAAGACAGUACAAUUGAUACAUGGAGAAGAACGGAAACAAGUUGUAUUGGCUAUUUGGGAUACUGCUGGCGACGAACGUUAUGAGUCUAUGGCGCCUCUUUACUAUAGAAAUUCAUCUGCAGCAAUUAUCUGCUUCGAUUUAGCAGAUCGGCAGAGUUAUAAUAAAGUUGAUUUCUGGGUUAAAGAACUGGUGGAGAAGGUUGAGCAGAACUGCAAAUUAUACAUCUGUGGGACAAAAACUGAUUUAUUGGCGGAAUAUGGAGGCCCCCUGAAACGUGCCGUUGGCCCAACUGAAGUUAUGGCUUAUGCUAAAAAGCUUAACGCAAAAUUUGUAGAAACGUCAAGCAAAAGUAACUACGGAAUUGAUGACCUAUUUAAAUUAGUUGCGGCAGAUUUUGCAGGCUUUACUCUAUGUGAAGCUCCACCUAUUGAAGAUUCCUUACGUCUGCAAGAACCUAAUCAAACAGAUGUUAAUGAAAAGAGUUCCUGUUGUUUUUAG